GGUGGUUACUGGAACUUACCUUAUAGCGUAAGGUAAGGUAGUGACGCAGGCAGGCUGCUCGCUGCGGGGCAUUUCUGUGCUCGGUACUCCACUAAAGGUACUGUAUUCACAGUGCUUUUGCUCCCCUUCAACUCCACUCUCGUCCACUUCAAGCCGUCCAGACCAUCUCUUCACACCUCACCUCACCUCACCGACGUCGUCCACUUUGCCUUGCCUUAGUUCCAUUUGCUUUUACCAAAGCCGAACUUUGCGUUUCUCCUCUUUUCCAUUUUUCCCACGCGAACACCGACAAACAUUCACAUCGCCUUAUCCCGUCUCCCUCUCUCUAGCCCUCUCUCUUCCAUAUUAUAGAGAGCAAGCUGCGCCACUGCUUCUCUGAUCUAGAUAUAUCUGCCUGGGGCUGGUAUUUGCUUGGAUCUUCUCUCCCCCCCGCCUCGUCUCGUCCGCCCACCACAACCACCACCUCCAACCGCCAACCUCUUCCUCCUCCCACCUCGUAACGAUCCUCUCGUGAACCCGAAAUAACCACACGAAAUGGCCGCCUCCAUUGAAGAGCUGGACGUCCUCGUCCGCUCCUUCUACGAGGGGCGCGGUGAGCAGCAAAAAGCCGCCCAAGCUGCUCUCAACCAGUUCAAAGAAGACCCCGAUGCGUGGCUCAUGGUCGACAAGAUCCUCUCGGAUGCGCAGUACCCUCAAACCAAAUACUUGGGUCUGCAGGUUCUGGACAAUGUGAUCUUGACAAGAUGGAAGGUCCUCCCUCGGGAGCAGUGCCAAGGAAUCCGAAACUUCAUCGUCCAGUUCAUUAUCCAGUGCUCGAGCACCGAAGAGUCGCUGCGCCAGCAAAAGACCUUGCUCAACAAGCUUAACCUCGUCCUCGUUUCCGUACUCAAGCAGGAGUGGCCUCACAACUGGCCUACCUUUAUCAAUGAAAUCAUCUCGUCCUGCCACUCCAAUCUAUCCAUCUGCGAGAACAACAUGAUCAUCCUUCGCUUGCUCUCGGAGGAAGUUUUCGACUACUCAGCCGAGCAGAUGACAUCGACCAAGACACGCAACCUCAAGCAGACCAUGUGCGCCGAGUUCUCGCAAAUCUUCAACCUCUGCCAGGAGGUCCUCAACACGGCCACACAGCCUAGUCUGAUCAAGGCGACCCUUGAGACGCUUCUGCGAUUCUGCAACUGGAUCCCCUUGGGAUACAUCUUCGAGACACCGCUUAUCGAGACACUUCGAACCCGUUUCCUCUCGACCCCCGAGUUCCGCAACGUCACCAUGCAGUGUCUUACUGAGAUUGGUGGCCUUCAGACUGGCGGCCCCGGCCAGCCCAACUCUUACGACGAGCAGCUUGUUAAGAUGUUCACAGAGACCUUGACUACCAUUGCUAACAUCAUUCCCGUUUCUCUUGAUCUCAAGAGCACAUAUCCAAGCAGCAACUCGAGGGAUCAGGAGUUCAUACAAAACCUGGCUCUCUUCCUUUGCAAUUUCUUUGGGAUGCACUUGAAUCUCAUCGAGAAACUCCCCAACCGCGAUUUCCUCAUCCAUGGUCACUACUAUCUGAUUAGGAUAUCGCAGAUCGAUGAUCGAGAAAUUUUCAAGAUUACCCUUGACUAUUGGCUCAAGCUUGUCCAGGAGCUUUACGAGGAGAUGCAACAGCUCCCCAUGACCGACCUGAACCCUCUCAUGGCAGUUGGCGCAGGAAUCUCUGGAAGCGGCGCCCCGAACCCUACGAUGCUCAACAACUACCCUCUUCGAAAGCACAAAUACAACGAGGUCCUCUCGAACCUUCGAGUCGUUAUGAUCGAGAAGAUGGUCCGUCCCGAGGAAGUCUUGAUUGUUGAGAACGACGAGGGUGAAAUUGUCCGAGAAUUCGUCAAGGAGAGUGACACAGUACAACUUUACAAGACGAUCCGAGAGUGCCUUGUAUACCUGACACAUUUGGACGUGGUCGACACAGAAAACAUCAUGACCGAGAAGCUCGCUCGGCAAGUCGACGGAAGCGAGUGGUCCUGGCAUAACUGCAACGUUCUUUGCUGGGCCAUCGGCUCGAUCUCUUUGGCGAUGAAUGAGGAGACAGAGAAGAGGUUCCUUGUUACUGUCAUUAAGGACCUCCUCGGUCUCACUGAGAUGAAGCGUGGCAAGGACAACAAGGCCGUUGUCGCCAGUAACAUUAUGUACAUUGUCGGACAGUACCCUCGCUUUCUCAAGGCUCAUUGGAAGUUCCUUAAGACAGUCGUUAACAAGCUGUUCGAGUUCAUGCACGAGUCACAUGAGGGUGUCCAGGACAUGGCUUGCGAUACGUUUAUUAAGAUCGCCCGUCAGUGUCGACGUCACUUUGUAGCUCUGCAACCUAGCGAGCAGGAGCCGUUCAUCGAGGAGAUUGUUCGAAACAUGGGUAAGAUCACAUGCGACUUGACGCCUCAACAAGUGCACACCUUCUACGAAGCCUGUGGCUAUAUGGUCGCCGCUCAGGGCAACAAGCAUCAGCAGGAGAGACUCCUUGCCGACCUGAUGGCUAUUCCCAACGCAGCCUGGGACGAGAUCAUUAAGCAGGCAACAGUCAACCCAACUAUCCUUCAGGAUGCCGAGACUAUCAAGGUUAUUGGAAACAUCAUGAAGACGAAUGUGUCUGCUUGCUCAUCUGUGGGGUCCUAUUUCUAUCCCCAGAUUGGCCGCAUCUACCAUGACAUGCUUCAGAUGUACAACGCCACAAGUACACUUAUCUCUGAGGCUGUGGCUCGCGAUGGCGAACUCGCUACUAAGAUGCCCAAGGUCCGAGGUCUCCGAACCAUCAAGAAGGAGAUCCUCAAGCUCAUUGAGGUGUACGUCGAUAAGGCAGAGGAUCUUCAGGCUGUCCGCGCCCAGAUGGUUCCUCCUCUGCUGGAAUCUGUCCUUGUCGAUUACAACCGCAAUGUCCCUGGCGCCCGAGAUGCCGAGGUACUCAAGGCUUGCUCUACUAUUAUCACCAAACUUUCUGCUUUGAUGGAGGACCAGGUUCCUACUAUCAUGCAGAACGUUUUCGAGUGCACUCUGGAGAUGAUCAACAAGGACUUCUCCGAGUUCCCCGAGCACCGGGUCGAAUUCUUCAACCUCCUCCGAGCCAUCAACUUGCACUGCUUCCCUGCCCUGCUCAAGCUCGACAACAACCAAUUCAAGUUUGUUAUCGACUCAUGCUCAUGGGCUUUCAAGCACGACAACCGAGAUGUCGAGGCAGCUGGUCUUAACAUGGCUCUGGAGCUGAUUAACAACAUUGCUGAGAAGACUGAUGUGCAGACCGCCAACGCUUUCUUCCAGCGAUUCUUCAUCACCAUCCUCCAGGACGUGUUCUUUGUUGUGACGGAUAACGACCACAAGGCCGGUUUCAAGACGCAAUCCAUGUUGUUGAUGAAGCUCUUUUACUAUAUCAACCCAGCCGAUGGAUCUCAGCCCAAGAUCCAGGGUCCUAUCUACAGCCCCGAUCAGGCUGCAGCUGGAACUGACAACCGGGAGUUUGUCGCCAACUUCGUAGCUAACCUCCUACAAAACGCCUUCCGCAAUCUGCAAGCGAACCAAAUCACAAGCUUCGUCGAAGGCCUGUUCACGCUUAACACGCAGUACGACAAAUUCCGACUCAACCUCCGUGAUUUCCUUGUCUCUCUCAAGGAGUUUGCUGGCGACAACGCUGAGCUCUUCAUUGUCGAAAAGGAACAACAGGAGCAAGACGCCAAGACCGCUGAUAUGGAACGACGACAGAAGGUUGGCGGUCUUCUCAAGCCCUCUGAGCUGGAAGAUGAGGAGCUAUGACUCAACGAAGAACUUCGGACCGAAUUUGCGCCCCAUGCCGCCGAUGAAGCGGGACCGACAGAUGCAGCUGGUGAUGGCUGGGAGUUCUAUGGUCUCUGAAAGUUUGCACUCAAGCUGCAACCGAGCGGCCUUUCUCUCCAUCUCAUGCAUGUCUUGACAUCUCGUCCACGCCCAAUUUCCUUCCUGUUAUGAUACCAUAUUCCUUCCAUAGAAGAGUGGCCAUCCGCCUUGCCCGGCGGCGCAAACGAGAAAAAAAAGCCCUUGUCUGGAUCCGUCCUGCCCUUGAAAGUCUCAAGGGAGGAACUUCGAAAAACAAACAACGAGAGAGUGUGCGAAAGGUCAAGGAGCCCCGGUUGAAGUUUUCGCUGUAGUCGGUUGUUUGACUUUUGAUUUAACGACGUUAACGCUCGAGCUAUUAUUACCAUUCCGCCUUUUUAUGAAUAAAAUAAAGAGAAUUGACAUGCAGAAGAUUCAGAGUAUCGUAUUGUGUUCGCAGGAAGGGGGAAACAGGCUGGGCUCAUGUAGAUAUCGUUAUAGCUUACACUAUGGAUAAUCGUACAGAGAAAGAUGAGAUGGCAUUCAUCGGAUAUGUGUGUGCUCCUGUCCGUGAAAUGAAAGGAGAUAUUCACUGGUGUUGAUGAAACUGUUAUAGAUGGAGGUGUUUGAAGUAUUUUACUUGUUUAUUGAAAGAUUUGAGGUCAUCGUCCUUCGAAUGGUAUCUUUUCCUGCCUCUA